AACGUUUUUGAACACGAGUUGUGAUGUUUCAGGAUUUCCCUGUGAUGCGUGUGAUGCACACCCAUCUACACUGCGCGCGAGCCAAUGCGUUCACUAAAGUUUACUAAAGUAACGCCCUCUUGUUCAUAGCAAAGUUAUUUACUUCGGUAAACUUCCUCAAAUAUGCCGUUAAGCCAUUAACUUCCUCUCUUAGGGGUGAACUCUCUUACAGGGUCUGCACUUCCUACAAACUUCAAGAAGCAACAUCCACAGCUGCGGGAUUACGCGCAAUAGGAUCAUCUGCUAUGUUUGACUGCUAAAGUUAAGUGUUCAUCCUUUGGGUCAGGUUGAGUGGUUUCUAUCAUGCAAAGCAUCAAGUGUGUGGUGGUGGGCGACGGAGCGGUAGGAAAAACCUGCCUGCUCAUCUCUUACACCACCGGAGCGUUUCCCAAAGAAUACAUCCCCACCGUGUUUGACAACUACAGCUCCCAAGUCAGCGUGGACGGGCGCACCGUCAGCCUCAAUCUGUGGGACACGGCGGGUCAGGAGGAGUACGAUCGCCUCCGUACGCUCUCCUACCCGCAGACCAACGUCUUCAUCAUCUGCUUCUCCAUCUCCAGCCCCCCGUCCUAUGAGAACAUCAAGCACAAAUGGCACCCAGAGGUGACGCACCACUGUCCCACUGUGCCUAUCCUGCUGGUGGGGACCAAAAGUGACCUGCGCAAUGAUGCGGAUGUGCUGAAGAAGCUGAAGGAGCAGAACCAGACACCCAUUACGUCGCAGCAGGGUCAGGCGCUCGCUCGCCAAAUCCAUGCCAUCAAAUACCUGGAGUGCUCAGCACUCAACCAGGACGGCAUCAAGGACGUGUUUGCAGAGGGAGUGCGAGCUUUUCUCAGUCCUCAGCCUGUGGUUAACAAGAGGCCGUGUGUACUCCUCUGAGAACACAGAUAGUGGUAUUUUAAUUGAAUUACACAGUGGAAUGCAUAGGAAUGUUGGGAAUGUUAGGAAUUCUGUGAAUGGUGAACAAGAAACACAGCCUUAACCUGUGAAAUUAGAAAUAUGCAUAAUGAAGUUAUGAAACUAAAAAAAAAAAUUUUUGUUUUGUUAUUUUUGUGUUAAGAUCCCCACCAAAGUUAGAGAAAACGAUAAGCGUGUUCUUUGUUUACUUUGGCAAAUAAUUUGGUUAUGGGGGAGAACAAAUCUUGAUCCUCUUUGGGGAUUUUACUAGAGAUGCACCGAUACUAAAUUCCUCCACCCAUACCGAUAGCGUCAUAUCUGCCGAUACCGAUAUUUCUUAACUUUCUGAAUGUUAUUCAUUCAUAUUGACUAUUAAUAUUGAACAUCAAACUGGUGAUGUUUCUUAACAUUUUCUAUACACAGCACAAAUUCAUUGCAUUUCCCUGUCAUCUUUUGAUUGACAGGAUAUAUCGGCCCUGAUCAUCGGCUGUUUUGAAAAAUUGCUUUCAUCGAUACCGGUUAUUGGCCGAUAUAUCGAUGCAUCUCUAGAUUUGACUAAACUACCUAACAGUUUGAUAGCAUCUUUGGGUAUCAGAAUACAUCCAUAAAAACAACUAAGAAAAAUAAUACAGUUCCUUUUUAGUGUUUGUAGCUUUAGUAAUAUAUCAUUUUAGUUCUAAUUUUUUCACAAGAACGGAAUCUGAGAAUAUAGUAUAUAAAUAGGUACUAAUAUAAUAAAACUUGUUAUACCCACAGUGCUUGUUCUGUGAAUGGGGUACAUGUCCUUGAGAACAGGCCAACAAGUAGUGACCUUAUAGCUGUAAUGUGGAUAUUUUAUGCUGGAUUCUCCGCUUUACUUCCAUGUGGUGUGGAUCUGGCAGUUCAUUCAGGAAACAAAGGCCUCAGCAUCUAUUCUUCAUUCUUUUCAUCUGCACCACAACAGGGUGGGGCUUUGAAAUCUUAUUAGCAAACUUUCAUCAUGACUGAUUCAGGAACAACUCAUGAUAUUGACUUUUGUCAUCAUUUAUUCACCCUCAUGUGGUUCAAAACCUGUAUAUGACUCUUUAUUCUCUGGAACACAAAAGAAGACGUUUUGAGAAAUAUUUCUCAGUGGGCAAUGGAAGUCAAUGGGGUUCAAUGUUGUUUGAUUACCAACAUUCUUCAAAUUAUCAUAUUUUGUGUUCUGCACAAGAAAGUCAAACAGGUUUGGAAGGACAUGAGGGUGAAUAAAUGAUGAAAGAAUUUUCAUUUUUAGGUGAACUAUCCUUUUAAGUAGCAGUCAACACAAUCACAAAUGAGCUUUACGAAGCUUGAAGUGAAUGUAUAUUUUUACAUUGUCUUCAGCGUUGCUGUGUAUGUCAGAUUUUUAAGCAUUGUACUUUCGUGUUCUUAAAUGAUUUGCCUCUUUUGUUUUGUCCAUUAGCAAAGGCGUGUGCCUUGCUACUGGUAAUAAAACAGCUUUGAUCUCUUUUCUCUUUGAUGCUCUAAUGUACAUCGUGGCUUAUGUAACUGCAUUAACCACACUGCAUUAAUGACUGUGUGAACAUAUGCUUUAUUCUCCAUAGUAAAAAAACGUAAACAAAAAAAAUACCCGAGUGAAUUGUGAUCAAACCAAAACAUGUGUUCCACAAUCUGUAGGUGUGCUCUUGGCCAGAAUGACCGACCAUUAAUGUCUCAUCAUCAUGUGAAAGCAAUCAUUUCCAAGCAUUGAAUUUCUGGUCAGUGAGUUAGACAUUUAGAAGUGAAGACAGGACUUGGACAGGCUGAUGUAUGUUAUGAUAUUUCUCAUGAGAACAGAGCAGUGCAAGGAAUAACUGUUUUAGUGACUCCAUGUAUCAUUAAAUGACAAUUUUUGUGCAUUUUUGUUUGUCUAAAUAAAACCUUUGGCUUCUUUGAAA